AUGACACGUUCGGUGCGACUCACGGGCAUUAAUAUGAUUAUGAGAGAGUCUACAGACGUUGGUCCAUGCGGAAGCAAGCCCAUGCAGAAGGAGAAAAAAUGUGAAAAUCCCUUUGAGAAGGAGAGAUUGAACCAUCUGCGAAAAGCCACAGAUUGCACUUAUUUGCGCCAAAUAGCUCAAGAUGUUGACUUCAUGGAGAAUCUCUUGAACGACAGAAGGCUGAAAACUGAUAGAACGCUCCCUGAUGAGACAAAUAAGACAAAUAAAAAACUUCGUGCUCUUUUUGAGGAUACCCUCUCAAAGUGUUCAUGGUGGAAGAAGCAAAUGCACCAGAGGACACCACUCUAUGCUCGUCAUAAGAUGAGAUUUCUCACAAAAAGUGCAAAAAGUAGAGCAAUUGUUGCGUACAGGAUGCAAAAGCGUGUGAUGAAUCGCGUAAAGGCACGCCGAAUACUCAACAAUGUAACUAAGCUUUCGGUUGGGAGUACUAAAAAGCUUCUUGGGUACAUUGAGACCACCGUCUAUCCAUUCCAUUCAACAAUUCAAGAAAAUUUAUUUCCCAAUCUGAAGGAAUUCAUCGAAAUGAUUUAUGAGACUGUUGGCGUUGUACUCAUCAGGGAAAUGAGUGAGGUGAAAACAACAGAUGUACCUAACUUCCUCAAACUACCAACCAAGAAGUCUAAGGAAACCACAGAUAAGAGGAAGAUCAUCAAGUUGCAGAAUCGUCUUCGUUUUGCACGAUAUCCCCUCGAGAAGGCCUACCUUGCCCACAAACUCUUCAACAUGAUCACCCCGAGGCUGCCUGAGCUACGUGUGGAAGCUGAAGCAGCCAUUAAGGAGUUGAGAAAUGCCGCAAAGACAAGUUCGUAA